UAGCCUGGUGUAAAGUUUUCCCAGGGGUUAUUUUAUCAAUCGAGAAACUAGAACAGGUACCAAGUCAUCCAUGCAGCAAGCGAAUGUGUAAAUUGGAAAUUAGAAUGGAGGCAGAAAGCUUGGUUCUACAAUAGCAUUAGUUUGCUUAACAUGGGUAAAGCAUUGUGAGAACAUUCAGUGCUUCCAUUGAGUUUCUUCUGGUCAUUCAGGUGUGCGUUUACUUUGUGAAGCAACACUGAUAAUCCUGAAAGGUGUAUAAUUACAUUUGUCAAAGAAAAUUCUGUUACCUUGCUAACCAUGCGAUAUAAGGAAGGUGUUGAUGUUUGAAUAAGAAGAAACAGUAGAAGAUUAAGAAAGCCGUCGGGACCCUUUUCUGUUGGAGCACACCUCAUCAGGGCCUAAUCACUCCCAUUGUACCAAAGUGUGGAAGAUUUUAGUACAAGGCUCAGUGGAUGUCAGAAUUUUUUUUUUUUUUUGAACUGCAAAGAUUUGCAUCUUGAAGAUUUUUUUCUUGGUGUGUUUUGUGCAUCUAAAGGAUUGCUUGAAAAAUAUAGUUUUCUGUGAGUGACUUUGAACUUGGAAUAUCCGCAGCUUCUACUCUUCCGAUAAAUCCCAUAUGCUGUAUCAUGCAGACUCUUUUACAUAAACCAUCUCGCAUGGCAUGGCAAGACUUCUACAUUAAUUGCUCGCAUUUGAUGUGGAUCAAAGUUUGUUAAGUACUCCAGGCCUGAGCAUCAAUCAGUCAAAAAAAUCAUUUUCCAUUCAUCACUGCUAAAUAUAUUACUUCAAAAAAAAAAGAUACAGUCGGAGGUGCUGCUGUACCGAAACAAAAUGAUAAAGGAAAAAUUAGAGAGCGAGAUGUUGUGCCCCCAUAAGAUGCAAACCAAAACUAAGAAUAAGGGCAUCUUUCUCCUGCCCUCUUGGCACACUAACGGUCGCCAAAGCAACGAAUCUGUGAAAAAUGAUAUUCCUUCCACUACAACUGUUCCACCAUUAACACCUGGGACAACACAGAAAAUGUCCCAAGCAGUCCACGAGAGUUUCAAGACCUUUGAGAGGGAGCAGCAGAAAUACCAUAUCUCUAAUGAUCCUGCCCAUUGGUCAGAAAGUCACGUGAUGGUCUGGUUGAAAUGGAUUGCGCAAGAAUUCAACAUUCUGGGCAUCAACCCCGCCAAUUUUUCCAUGAGGGGCAAGGACCUCUGUCAACUGAAGCGUGACCAGUUCUUGGAUUUGGCUCCCCCUUAUUUGGGAGAAAUCAUGUGGGAACACCUGGAAAUUCUCAAGAAAGAUUUUACACAUGAACACCCCAGCCUCGGUAGUGCACCUAGUAGUUAUAGCGAACCUGUCUGCAUGCCAGAAUUCGGAGAUCGCUUCCCUGCCCAAGGAUUUGCUGGUCAUGGUGGUGAUAAUAAAGUAUCAGCUUACACAGGUCUCAGUGAUGUCAAAGUCCAAACAUGUGCAUAUGGAGCAAUAACAGAAUCCAUGCAAACGCUGAAUGACGUGAGCGAUUCCCCAAACAGUGGAAGUUUUGACGACCACUCAGACUGCCAGAGUUUAGAGACGGUCCCUCACUACUAUUCCUCCGACAACAGCCCCACCACAGAAUUCUAUCCUCCCAUCCCUGAACAAAAAUUCCAGCCCCCAGUCAUACCAGACAUUUGUCAUGGUCAGUACAUCAGGCAGGAUAACCGGUACCAGCAAUACAGUCAGGUCUAUCAGAACCAGAUGGUCCCUAGCAUCAAACAGGAGUACCUGUGGUCCGACUGUUCCGAGAGCAGCCUUAAUGACAGCUGGUCAUCUGAGUACCGCGGGGGAAUCAACAUAGGGGUGUCCAGGAGCCUCCAAUCUUCCCCCACAGAUCUCUCCUACCCCCAGUCCGAGGUCAAGCCCAGCAACUUCCCAGCCAUGGUGGGCUAUUCUGGAAGUGGACCAAUACAGUUGUGGCAGUUUCUUCUGGAGCUGCUGACCGACAAGAAUUGUCAACAUUUCAUCAGCUGGACUGGGGACGGAUGGGAGUUCAAACUGUCCGAUCCAGACGAAGUAGCCAGGAGAUGGGGCAUUAGGAAAAACAAACCUAAAAUGAAUUAUGAGAAACUGAGCAGAGGACUUCGUUAUUAUUAUGACAAAAAUAUCAUCCACAAAACAGCAGGAAAGCGAUAUGUUUACCGAUUCGUGUGUGAUCUGCAGAGUCUUCUCGGCUAUACCCCAGAAGAACUUUUCGAAGCAUGUGAUAUCAAACCUCAAGCUGACAAAGAUGAUGAGUGAGAGUCCAAGUCAUUGAGGUGCUUGGAAAUCAAUUUUGAAGUGAGUCAAAAUCACUUACCCAUGAUGCUUCAUUUGGAAGCUCUUUUUAACCUCUGGGUUCACAAAAUCCUUUUUCUAAAACCUUGAUGGCACUUGUUGUGGUACUGUAGAUGAGAUCUCCCAUUUUGUUGUAAAGCAGUAGAGUUUUCAGAUGGUCAUGUUAAAAAGGACUUGUGAUAAAAUUUCAGAUGAGUUGAGAAAAAAGUCAUCUUUGUGAUGUUCAAGUUAAAAAGAUGUGAUGAUAUCGGUCGGGAUUGUCAACAAACGUCUUUGUCACGUUGUUGUUUUUCUUAAUAUGUUGAUCUCAGUUUUUUCAAGCUGGAUGUUUUUUUCCUAUAAAAAUGGCAUGUUAUUAUAUUAUUUUUUUUCUGAAAAAGGCCUUGAAUUAUUUUUGUUGAUGUUUAUAAAAGGCCAGGAUAACUACAGCAACAUUACAUGUAAAUAGUUAUAUAUCUGUUCGCUUUUUCUAGGAAAGAAACUACUUUUAUAUUAUUGCUUUAUGAGCAGCAACAAAUAAUGAAGUGAUUUGUACAGAAACAGGUCUCACAUAUGAAAAGAUAAAAAACAAAAACUAUAUUCAAGGUGAAAUAAAAUUGCAAUAGGCAGCUAGUAUCUAGUGAACAGACAUGUAAGUACAUGUACUCUCAAUAAAUAUGAUAUGCAUAUAAUUUUUUUCAUAUUGUUGAUGCAUUCCACUGCUUAACAUGGCUACCAUUUGACUAUAAAAUAGGCACCAUUCUCUUCUUUUUGCAAAGAUUCUAUACUUAUGCAAAAAGGAUGCAUGCCGGCCUAUACAGUCCAUCCAGGCUCUUUUAUGUAAUACUUAAAAAAUCAUUUUUUUUUCCAUUCAUGAAUUUUUCUAUUCCUUUGAGAAGGAUGCCAUGUAAAAGCAAUACAUUUCGUGCACUGCUUGCUCUUUUAUUAUAUGUGCAUGUUAUUUAUGUGUAUAUAUUGAGGCCUUUCUGGAAAAAUCAUACACAGAUUUGUUACAUUUUGAUAUAUUUUACAUAUAGUGCUGAGAUAAUAAUAAUAAUGAUGUUGUUAGCAUCAGAGUUGUUGUGUAUUAUGUUAUUAUUAUGAACAGAAGCUGUUUUUUAUUAAUCUAACAUUAAAUGUAGGAGAAAGAUUUCAGUUAGGUUUUAUUGCAUAUUUUUAGACAGUGAAAUUUUAAAGAUAAUUCUGUACAGGUCCUUGAUCAUUUUUAUUGUUACCCUAGUCAAGUAUUUUUUCUUCCUCUGCAUAUAUCUUGAAAGAUGUGACAGAAAAAAAUCCAAAUGUGUUCAUUUUUUUUUUUAAUUUCAUUUCUCAUGUUUUAAUAUGAACAAAGGAAAGUGUUUACAUUUCUAGAGAUUUUAGUGGCCUGGAAUGUUUCUAGCCACUUUAUUUUUGUGUUCAUUUGCAUUUUUUUUUAUGCUUUUCAUUUUUCAUGAAAGCAUUGAAAAAAAAAUUCUCAGUGCAAUUGUCUUUUUAAUUCAAAGAUCUUUUUAGUUUUCUCCCCUGAAAUAUAUUAAAAGAUGUGUUCAAUUUUUAGAUAUUUUUAUUCUAUUAUCACUCAUUUUUAUUUGCCUUCUCAUUUUAUUCCCUUAAGAAAUUCAAAAUUAUUUGAAAGAAUCAAAAGCUCUUAUUGUUACAGUAGUUUAAUUGUACAUUCUAGUGCCUUAAGUCAUAUUUCUUUCCAAAAGCAAUUUAAAAAGCAUCGGUCAAAAUGAAUGUUGAGGUAGUAUAAUCUCAGUCAUUUUAAAAAAAAAAGUGAAACAAGAAAUGUAGAAAAGGAGAAGAAAAAUUUCAAUGUUUCUU